AUGGCACCACCAAGUCGCAAGAAAUCGGAGAAAACUGAGCGAGUGACGCUUAAAUCUUCCGAUGUCACACAUUCUGGAGGAGCAGAAGCUAAGUUAAGUUGGAAGGAGUACAAAAAGAUGAAGCAGAAAUUGAGUGGCAGUAAGAAAAAAUCGAAAACGUUCUUAAGCAAAAAUAGUGAAAAUGGCGAAGAAGAGGAGAAACCUUUCCAAUUAACCAAAGAGCAAGAGAAAAGGCACAACACUGGAGCUUCAAAAAUCGACCCAAAUGCGAUGAGGUCGAAAUUACAACAAGAAAAAUUCCGGAUUGUCAAAGAAAAAUUCGAAAAACGUAUCGAAUUAACAGCAAAAGCUGAAAAGCGGCUGGAAGAGGAGACCGGUUUUAUUGCUCCAGAAGUUGAAGAAAACGACAAUUUGUCAUAUUCAAUCCGACAAAAAGAAAUCGCGCAAAGUGUCGAUUUAGCAGCGGCGACAAAGCACUUUGAGCUCAAUUUACCCAAAUUUGGGCCGUAUCGCAUCGAUUACACGGAUAACGGACGGCAUUUGGUGAUUGGCGGAAGAAAAGGGCAUGUUGCUUCAAUUGAUUGGCAAACUAAAUAUCUGCACAGCGAGCAGAACGUCAUGGAGAAGGUCUCAGAUGUCAAAUUCCUGCACACUGAAAAUUAUAUCGCAGUUGCACAGAAGAAUUAUACGUACAUUUAUGAUAAUAUCGGAACCGAAUUGCAUUGCCUUAAAACGAUGUACGAUGUGGCCAGAUUGGAGUUCCUGCCGAGACAUUUCUUGCUAGUUGGAGGGUCGAGAAACUCAUUUCUUAACUAUAUCGAUGUAUCGGUUGGUAAAGAGAUUCUCUCGUUCGCCACAAAAUCUGGAAGUCUUGAUGUUAUGUGCCAGAAUCCGGCGAAUGCUAUCAUCCACACUGGUCACACCAAUGGAACCGUCUCUCUGUGGUCUCCAAACUCGAAAGAGCCACUCGUGAAAAUUCUUGCUCAUUUGAGCAGCGUUAAAGGAGUCGCUGUCGACAAUCAGGGCACUUAUAUGGCAACGACGGGUCUCGACAGGAAAUGCCGAAUUUGGGAUGUUCGAAUGUUUCGCCAACUUCAUUCGUAUUCUCUUCCAUUUGGUGUUAGCGAAGUGGCGAUUUCGCAGAAGCUUCAUGUAGCAUGCGCGGUGGGAAAUUAUGUCCAAGUAUUCCAAGAUAUGCACACCGGAAAAUGCUCCGAGCCAUACUUGGUGCAUAAUUGUGGCGGAAUGGUGAAUGAUUUGAGAUUUGUUCCGUGGGAAGACGUGUUGGGUGUUGGGCAUUCGCGCGGAUUCACCAGUAUGCUGGUUCCAGGUUCUGGUGAUCCAAAUGUGGAUACUCUUCGAUCCAAUCCGUAUGAGACCAAAAGUCAGCGUAAAGAACGUGAAAUUAAGCAGCUUCUUGAUAAGCUUCAACCGGAACUUAUUACUCUUGAUCCAGAUGAUAUUAAUAAGGUUAAUGAAGGACUUCUUGAAAUGGAGGAAGAGGAGAGAAAGAAGAUUCUGUAUAUUAGGCCGUUCAAGGUGGAAUACACUCCACGACAUAGGAUGAAGAAGAAGAAGAGCGGAUACAAAAUGGAAGCUCGCAAGAAUACGGUUAAAGGACAAAUUCGACUGGAAAGGAAUUUGGAGCGGAACGCUGUUGAGAAGGAAGUGUUCGGAGGGGAUAAGACUGACGAGCCGCCGAAGAAGAAGCACAUUCUUGAUCGAUUGAAGGCGUGA